UUAUUAAAUCACUAAACUAUUUCCAGUUUUUGUAAUCCAAGUUAUUAAUUAAUCAGUUAAUCUAAAGUUGAUCUUAUCGGCUUUAUCUUGAAACCCUUUUCCUCUUACAUCAUAAUGGCUGACUGUUAGGAGCUGAAUUUUUCAUAAUGUGCAUAAUUUUAAAACGCACAUUAUCUUUUAAACUUUUUGUCAGCCGUGUUAAAUACCGACUGAAUAAACAGAAAAAAGUUGUGGUUUUCUCACAUUAUUAAACCUGGACAAAUGUAUAAAACGGGAAUCUUCGACAGGUCAUUGUAGAGAAGAAAAAGAAGUACAUUCCUGCCAAAAACCUCAGAAAUUUUUAGAAUAAUUUCAAAAUUCCUGUCAAAAUGUGUCAAUAAUCCACCAUGGACAGAGAUGUGUUUACUGCCAGUGCCAGUUUAUUGCCACAACAUAUUGAAGUGGACAGAAUCUGAGAAGAAACUUUCUGCUGUCAGGUCAGUUUGCCUUUAAUUUGUUAGCUGUGCUUUUUAUUCAGCUUCUUCUUCUUGUAGCGCCUCUGAACACGUGGUUAUGGCUCUUGAAGGAACGUUAAAACUUUGCGAUAGCCCUCAAAAAUCAACCGUGCUAACUGGCGUUAGCAGGUGAUCCCCUCCGCCUUUCUGUCGCAUCAUCCUCGCCUUCGUAGCAAAUCAGUAAUUUCUGCUUUAGAAGUUGACGCAACUCCGCCGUGAAUCAGCGCCGAUAAGAUGGCGGCGUAAUGAGCCUGUCGAGUGUUUAUUUUCACAACAGAACAGCAUGAAGUUAAUCUUACGUCCCAAACCGGUCUUUGUUUGGACCGUUUCUAUUUACCACCGUUUAGCUACGGCCGCCAUCUUUGAUGCCGUUUAAGCGGUUCCGUUUAAGGAUGAUCAGCGGCGCCCUCUGCUGGUUGGCGGCCAAACUACAACACUAAAAGAAGAUCUAAACGGACUUAAUCUGAUGAAACCAUUGAUAGACAACUGAUGUCAGUGAAGCUGCGGUUCAACUCGCCGUCGGAUGGAGGUCUGAUCCACAGAAGCCGCUCUUUCACGGGUUUCGGCUCGCUGAGCGGCCGGCCGCGGUCUGCCUCAAUACGUGGCUCUUUCCGCUCCAAAAACACAAUGGGAAGUAAACCUCCCAGAAUGCACCUCUCCCCCCGCGGAGGGUCGGCCGCUACCUGGUCGCAGCCGGAGCAGGUGGACAGGGUUUUCCAGGCACUUCGCAGCGGACUCAAGGAAUAUUUAGAGGUUCACCAGGCAGAGAUGGAGCUCCUGUCGUCACAGCAGAGAGAAACCAAGAGGAACUCCAGACUGGCAUUUCUAUACGAUCUGGAAAAGGAGAUUAAAGCGCUGGAGAGGUACAUCCGACGAUUAGAGUUUCAAAUGAGCAAGGUGGAGGAGUUGUACGAGACGUACUGCGUCCAGUGGAAGCUGUGCCAGGGAGCGGUGAACAUGAAGAGGGCCUUCUCUCUGUCCCCGUCUACCAGGGCCUCCAGGGAGAGUCUGCUGGAGCUCGGCCGCAGUCACCGGCACAGCCUGCAGGACAUGUCGACCAUGGAGGGAGAUCUGGAAAUCCUCCUCGGAGAGCUGCAAAUCAAAAUGAAGGGACUGAUCGGCUUCGCUCGGCUCUGCCCUGGAGACCAAUACGAGGUGGUGGUGCGUUUGGGACGGCAGCGAUGGAAAAUCAGAGGAAGGAUCGAGUCGGACGACUCUCAGUCCUGGGAUGAAGAGGAGAUGGUCUUCCUCCCCCACGUGUACCAUAACUUUGAAAUCAAGGUGAUGGAGGCGAAGGGCCUGGGUUGGCUGCUGGUUGGCAUGGUAACGUGCGCCGGCGUGGACUUCUUCGUGGCGCGGCCGCAGCUGAUGUUGGUGGACAUCACAGAGCUGGGAACCAUCAAGCUGCAGCUGGAGGUCACCUGGAAUCCGUUUGACAGCAGUGAGAAGAUGAAGCCGCUGUCCGUUAGCAAGCAGUCGGUGUCGAGCAGGAAGGGUUCGGUUUACAGCUGGACGGCUCCGAACACGCCUUCAUUCACAGAAAAAUACUUUAUGUCGAUGGUUCGUGAGCUGCAGGAUCAGGAGGGUUCCCUCCCGUCUCUGGUGGCUAAAAGUCGUUCCAGCAGAGGAGGCGUGUCGCUGCUCAGCUACCUGUCCGACCCGUCACACACCUCCGCCACAUCCGGCCCUCAAAGUCUGUUCCUCCCGAGUCUCACUCGCGCUCACAGCUACCCGUCGACCAGCCUGGCAGGAAGUCAGAUUCAGCUUUCCUUUGAAGAGGAAGAGGAGCAGCGCAUCGAGGGGAAGGUGGACGAAGAGGAGUGGGGAGGCGUGUCGGAGACUUCAUCAGCAGAAACAAUCAAAACGACGUCUCAUCUGGCCUUACCCAGGUCCAGCACUCCAGACAUCCUGAGGAAGAAUCCAUCAGGAGAAACCGACACUGAGACGCAAAGUGCUGUUCUGCAGCAGCGAGGACAGCAGGAAUCCUCCAGCAUCCCAGCUGUCUCUGAAGCUCCGUCCUCUCCGUCCUCCCCGUCGGUCCGACCCAAGCCGAGCGGCGCCCAGCGGCGAUCACAGACCGUCCGGCUGGCAGUCCUGAUGGCAGAGCUGGAGAAGUCGUUUGGCGGUGAGAGCGACGCUGAAAAGGAGCGGAGAGCUUUGGAGCAUCAGAUCCAGCACCUGGGAACCAUCCUGAAGAACGACCUCUCCCUGCUCCGGAGCUCCGCAUCAGAGGAAACACUGGCCGUCGAGGAAGUCCUGGGCAGCUUCGACUUCCUGUCCAACGACUUCAACGCAGAUGACGACACUUCCUGUUUGGGCAGCGUGAGGCUAAAAGACAGCGGCAUCAGUUCGUUCCAGCAGAGCACCCUGAAGAGUCUGGGCCUCCUGUCUGCAGGCAGCCAAUCGGAUUCAGAGGGCGAGCUGGUCCUCGCCCCACUGACUUCUGGGAACUGGGGUCUGGACCAGGCGCUGGAGACACACCUGGACAUCUGCUGCAUCCUGCUGCAUAUGAUGAAAACAAGCGACUUCAGUCUGUCUCGGCGGGAGCUGCUGCAGGAGAUGUCCAACCAGACCGCGGUUCUGGACAGAGUCAGCGGUCUGCUGCUAGAGAAGAGCGACAACAUCACACCGAGAGACGUCCUCCCCAAGGCCCAGAGGUCCAGAGGUGUCCUGCUGUUCUGGGAGGAGUGUGUGAAUGCCAGCGGCUCUCCGUUCUACUGCAGCGUGGAAAACUUCUCCAGGACGCUGAAGAGGCGCUACACUCACAAAGUGAAGGCCAAGCUGCCUGGACAGUCAGAGCGAGUGUUUUCCAGACUCCUGCAGCAGCUGCAGGCCCCCUGCGGGCUGCUGCCCGGCUGCCGGCCCGUCUGCAGCCCCGACAGGGUCACUCUGUUCCAGCUCUCCGUUUAUCUGAAGCGCUGGAGCUUCCAGGAUCUGGGGGAGCACAUCUCCCGCCUGUCCAGGGAAGAGUACAUCCUGUCGGCGCUGAACGGCCCCAAACGGAGGAAGUGUUUAAACAAGCUGAGGGGGCGGAGCCUGUCGGAGCUCCUCCCACUGCAGAGCACGCUGCAGACUGUCGCCGCCCUGCUGGUGGACUCCAACCACAAAGUGUGCAAAGCUGCAGCCAGCUGCAUCAGCAGAGCUGCAGGCUGCAAGGCCUUCAGGAGCAAGUCGGUGGUUUUCUACACAGAGAGCCUGAAAAGUUCUGAUGUUCUGAUCCAGACGGGUUCCUGUCUGGCUCUGAAAUGCCUCCGGGCGACGGAGAGCGUGGAGCGGAUCGUGGAUCUGUGCAGGUCGGCAGACGAAGAUCUUCGUGGCGUCGCCAAGGAAACCGUUUUAUCGUUUGGUAAGAAAGGAUUCGAAUCUUUCCAGAGGAUGGAGCAGAUGUUGGCGGACAUGCAGGAUGAAGCGUAUCAGAACCUGGAGACGGAAAUUACCAUUUUAUAAAAGUUCAGAGACAAACUUUACCAAAAAACCAGCAGCGGAGAAGAAGAACCGACGUUUUCCUGCAGAACUUUGAGCAGAACUUGAAUUUAUUAUUUUUAUUUUUUGGUCAGAAUCUUGUUUUAAGAGACGAUCUGUUGCAGAAACAUUUAUUUAACCUGAAAAAAGCAGCUUUCAGAUGGCUGGGACUCUUUCACGUUGGAGAAAAUGAUUUAUUUUCAUCAUAAUUGAUGUUUUUUAGUUUGUGACGAGAUGCACGAUGAGUCAAAAAUAUAUAUUUGGUGCUUAUGAAGCCCAGAAGGACUGAAUAAAACCAGAGAGAUCCCAAAACGA